UCACAGUCGCGUGGUUUUGUCACCGCCGUCAUCACAGCUGUAAUUGACAGCAGCUUUCGAAAACGAACUCAAGGUUGCGAAACAUUAUAAUAAUCUAAUAGAAUGGACUUUGGAGAAAUGUAAUAGUUAUCAAGCGUAAAUCUGCAGACCCGCACGCGUUCGCCACGGCCGCAGUCUUGUCAGUCUGUCUAGAUAAGAUAACAAUCGAAAAUAUUCCGUGAAUAGUGAAAACAGCGUUGUUUCAGUGAAAAUGUCUUCGAUAGUAGACGAUAUUUGUGAACUCUUGGACAGCUACAAUGGGAGAGACAAGGUGGUCCGUCUAGCUUGUUAUGCAUGCAAACUGUACGGAUGUGUACAAGACGAGAAGCCGUGGCAGGCGGCCGGCUCUCGCCUCUCCAGCGCUCGGAUGAUGCUGCGGCUGUUCGAUGACAUUCCUAUGAUUAGACACACUUACAACUAUGGAUUGGGAAGACAUGAAGCAACCACAUCAGCAGCAGCACUAGGCGUGAUAGCCAACAUGGUGGACCAAGCAUUCCUGCCUGUAGAAAAAGCCUGCUGGUUGUACGAGGUUGGAGUUCUGAAGCUCAGUGAGAAGAAUGCCACUACAUUAGACACGGUCAGCACGACUCUAUGGGCGGCUAGUCUUAUUAUAUCGCUUAUACAAACUUCAAGCUCAAUACGAAAGCUGUGGUGGAGUAGAGAAUGCUUACAAAAGGCUUCAGAAGACGGCGGAGCUGACGCCAGACGUCAUUUAGACGUCAGACUGAUGCUAGAGUCCAUAGUCGCAGGGAAACUAUGUCUAGACAUUACACAUGCUAUCAGUUGCCUUCCCGCCGGGUGGUUGUGGGGCGAGAAGAUCGGCUCAACCAAAGUAGCCACUAUUGCAACCACGUCAUCAGUUAUAGGUAUUGCCAUGUAUUUCGCGAAGAGACGACUGUUAAAAUAAAUUGUUUUUGGUAGAAAUCAGUGAUGUUUGUCGGACAUUUUGAUAUGUAUCAGCGCUGAGCCUGAGCAAACUUCUAUCAGAAGAAUUAUAAGUAUUUGCAAGGUUUUAAUAAAAUGGGAGAUUUAUAUUGUAUUAAGGUUGGCAGGUUCAACCUAUUUGUGAUUUGAAGCAUUUUAUAGGGGGUGACAUGGUUGUAUAAAAAUAUUUUUUUGACUAAAAAUUGAUUAUUUUAAAAUGCUGAGUUAUAUAAUUACGAAACAAAUAAAAUAUGUACAUAGUUUAACUGUAUAUAAGUAGAUAUAUAUUUACUUCAAUUGAUGUACCUUUUUAUCGUCUAAAUGCCGCAUUAAAAAACGACUAAGAAAUAUCAAUUUGUUUCGGAUUCUUUUGAAGGACAAUUAUUUUAUCUCUUCAAUAAAUUAGUUACAUUAAGCCAUUCUAUAUGGUAAUUGCAAUUCGCAGUAAAUGACUUAACGUAACAAGCACAUUCUACAAGGAGAAGGAUUUUAAUAGACCAUAAUUUACUGUCUAUGAUUUUUCCAAUAUUUUACAGGGUAUGUGGCGCAACACAGGAGUAGUCAUUAGAUUUGAAUUAUUUUUCUAUGUACCUGUUUCUGUAUUAUUUGAUACCGACUAGUUAUGUUAAGUAUUCGUAUAUAACACUGAGUUGAGAAAACACAACUUAAAGUACUAGUUAUUGUACAAUAUAUUGUACAAUUUAAUUAUUAGUUUAUUUUAUGAAAAGUUAAUACAAAAUUUAAAUGGAA